GAUGAGAUCAAUCCAGCAAUCUAUAUGACCUUGGUAGAAGAAUUACCUACCCCAAAAGAUGAAAGCCUGAUCCCGACCGAAGACGAACAAUUAAGAUUCAUCAUAGAGGGUGAAAAAUUAGACAAAGAAGAAAAAGAAAAAGUACACAAGUUCUUCAAAGAAGAAAGACACCUAUUUACUAAUAAUAUCCAAGGUUUAGGGAAGUUCAAACCCGAAAAGAAAGCCCAAGAAGGGUCUACAAUUAGAAAAGAAGAAUCAAAGGAAGAAUGGGUGAGUGAUCAGGAUUCUCGAGAAGACUAUCAAGAAUUGUUAAAUCAAUUGGCAUGGGAAUCUGGUCGAUGGUCCAAUGAUGAUGAAGAAAAUGAGAAAAACCUAGAUGAUAUUUAUAGUGUAGAACCAUCAAAAUGGGGAGAACCCAUAAAUGGCAUUGAGUUCAGCAAUGACAAAAGUGAUAGGGAUGAUGACAAACCUUAUGAAGCGAAGACAUAG